AUGCCCGGUGACAUCGAAUGGAUGGGCUUUUACGGCUCCCUCCUCGCCGUCCCCACUAUGCUGUCCGUCCUCGGGAUCGUCACCAACUACAACCUGGAGAAAUCGUACUUCAACUCGCAGCUCAAUGCAGAGUACUACCGACAGACCAGGGAGAUGUUGCGUGCGCAUACGGCCAAGCUGAUCAAGGAGCAGGAGGAAAAGUUUGCGAAGCAAGGGACGACAUGGAAAGGAAUGGUGUAUGAUCAGGAUGGCAAGGUGAGGAGUGGGGUGAAGCAGCCAAGUUGGGGAGGGAAGGUGCUCGGGGUGGAGGAUGAGGUGCCGCCGAAGAAGGGUGGGGAUGGUGGAGGAGGAGGAGCCCCAGCGAUUGGACAAGCGCGAGGGGAACAAGGAGGAAGUGCGACAGGUGCAAGCAGUCAAGGUGCGUCAGGAGAAGGAGCUGGAGCUGGCCAGACGGGUGACGCAAGGUCGGGUGCGAAUGGAGAAUCGAGUCCAACAGGAGCAGAAGCAGGAGGAACCAGUACAGUUGACGGACAGCUCGGCGGAACAGCGGUAGGAACGGGAGCAGGAUUAGCUCCUGGUUCUGCGGCAGGAGCAAGCCAGGAUAUGCAGGGUUCUGCAACGAAAGAUCCAGAAGAGGGGGUCGGAGGGCAGAGAUCUGGGGACUCUAGGGGUGAAGACGCCGCUGGAGCACGAGAGGGUUCUGGAGAAGAUGAAUCGGACAACUCUCGAAGCGGUCUUGACAACGAUGGCCAAGGUUCAGAUCCGGACAGUGGUGACGGUGGCGAUGCUGCCAGCGCCUGA